ACUGUCAAACCAUCUGACAGCUGUGGCGUGUUGUGUUGUGUGGCAGUGGCCAACAGUGUAAGCAAAAAAACAACAGAACUACCCGAUCGAGAUCGCAACAGGCGCGGGCGGGAGAACGACUGUACGAAGUGGAGCUGUUGUUUAAUAAUUAAAACGUGAUUUUUGCUUGAACCACCAAGCAUCACACAGCCCAAACGGCCAAAGGAUGUCGAGCAGCGCCGACAAGCAACAGUUCUGGGGAAAUCCGGGCAGCCAGCCGCAGGACAUGUACGACGGCUUCAGCGACAAAGCGCAGGUGCUCGACUUUCAAACGUUCAAUCCGAACGACACCGUGUACUGGAACGAUCCGUCCCAGCCGGUGGACGGGGCGUACAGCAAUCAACCGGCCGCGCCGGACGGCAUGUCCCGCUCGGACCCGUACGGGAUGAUGCAGCAGCAACCCCACUACGGCCAGGGCCCGGCCAUCUUCACACCGGCGUACGGGGACGAUGGCGUCGGGGUUGGCGGACCGGCCGGCCCGGGGAUGGGCCUCGAGGCGACCGAGUUCGACGAGCCGCCGCUGCUGGAUGAGCUGGAAAUCUAUCCACGGCGCAUCAUGGAGAAGGCGGCCGCGGUGCUGAACCCGUUCCAGGGCGCCGGCCUGCUCGUGGAUAGCCCGGUGUACCUGUUCAAGGAGACGGACCUGGCCGGACCGAUCGCGUUCUGUCUGACGCUGGCUGCGUGCCUCUCGAUCUCGGACAGCAAAGCACAGUUCGGCUACAUCUACGGGCUGUCCACCAUAUCCGUGCUCGCGAUGUACUGCCUCAUCUGGCUGAUGUGUCACGCGGUUGAAUCGCACGUGACCGUGUCCGGGGUGGCGAGCGUGCUCGGCUACAGCAUGCUGCCGGUGGUGUUUCUCGCUAUAAUCGGGAUGUUUACGUCGCUGAACAACUUCUACGGCAUGCUGCUGGCCGGGUUGUCCAUCCUGCUAGCGACGCUCUACUCGAGUCGAAUGUUCUGCCUGAUGACGGGCGAUCCGCACCAGCGGUACCUGCUAGCGUACCCGGCCAUGUUGCUGUUCACGAUCUUUUCGAUGUUAGUUUUAUUUUAAACCCAAAUCGUUACGAUCCCCCCCUUAAAGCUCGUGCCCAUCUAUAUUUUGAUUCAUUAAUUUCUACGUAAGUGUACACACACACACACACACACACACACACACACACACACACACACACACACCGGCAUUACAUACCAAAACAGAGCCAGCAUUUUUGUUGUGAACUAUCCCCAAUGAAAUCCCCUCCUCCUCGUUUCUUUUAGUUAUCAAUAAAUAAUACUAAUAAUAAUCGCUACAAGUGAA